CUUAGUUUUUCCUUCGUUUACUUAUUUAGUUAUCUAUUUUAUACUAACGUAAACAAAGCAUCCAAUAUAGCAUUGUUUCACUGGAGGGCGCUGUGACAAAGCUUCAGGUGGUCUGGAAACAACUUGAGAAAGGAGGAGGCCAUUCACUAGCCUGUUUUAGCUACUGUUAGCUAGCCGGCUGCUAACGAGCAAGCUAAAACAUCAGUUUGGCUUAAUGUCGCCUGUCCGAUUACGCGAUGGCAAGAGAUCAGUAUUUGCAAACCGAAGCUGAACUGUAUUACCUCAUUGCCAGAUUUCUGCAGUCUGGACCUUGUAAAAAGUCAGCACAGAUUCUGAUUGAGGAGCUGGAGGAGUAUGAGUUGGUUCCGCAACGAUGGAGUUGGGACGGGAAGAAAUACAAACGGACCUUCCAAGACUGGGUGAGUUUGAACCAGCACAUUCCUGCAGACUAUCUGCUCCAGAUCUGCAAACGGAUCGGUCCGCUGAUAGAGAAGGAGAUCCCAACAAGUGUCCCUGGAGUCCAAACGCUCCUGGGGCUGGGAAGACAGUCGUUGCUUCGCACCACUAAAAGCUGUAGCCACAAAGUUUGCUGUGGCUCUGCGGUCGCUGCGCUCCACAGAGGACGUCCACCAGAACCUCCGGUCAUUUACGGAAAUGCUCCAAGUGUCGUGUCCAUCAUUGGUGCCCGUCAGACCACAGGCUCGGCCCAUUUCGGCCAAGCCCUGCCGUCUUCCACUUAUCAACACAUGAAGAUCCACAAGCGUAUCCUCGGCCACCUUUCCUCAGUCUACUGUGUAGCUUUUGACCGCACUGGUCGGCGGAUAUUUACAGGCUCCGAUGACUGCCUCGUGAAAAUCUGGGCCACAGAUGACGGGCGGCUCCUGGCAACCCUCCGCGGCCACUCGGCAGAGAUCUGCGACAUGGCCGUGAACUAUGAGAAUAGUCUCAUUGCCUCGGCCAGCUGUGACAAAAUCAUCCGAGUGUGGUGCCUACGCACCUGUGCGCCCAUCACCGUUCUGCAGGCCCACGCCGCCUCCAUCACAUCCAUACAGUUUUGCCCGGCGGCCAAAGGGACGACGCGGUACCUGGCCUCAACAGGUGCAGACGGCAUGGUGUGCUUCUGGAGGUGGCACUCGCUCAGCAUGAAAUUUAAUGAUCAACCGGUCAAGUUUGUCGAGCGGUCACGGCCAGGAGUCCAAGUUUCCACCUCCUCCUUCAGUAGUGGUGGUAUGUUCAUGGCCACCGGCGGUACGGAUCACGUGAUCAGGGUCUACUUCCUCGGCGCGGAAACUCCAAUGAAGGUCUCUGAGAUGGAUGCACACACGGAUAAAGUUGUGGUUGUCCAGUUCAGCAAUAACAGCGACAGCCUGAGGUUUGUGAGUGGGAGUCGUGACGGCACAGCCAGGAUCUGGCUUUACCAGCAACAAGAGUGGAAGAGUGUUUCUCUGGACAUGGCGGCAAGGUUACCUGGGACGGCUGCUGCCAACGGCGACGAUAAGACCAAGCUGGUGGUCACCAUGGUGGCCUGGGACCGCACGGACAGCUCCGUCAUCACAGCGGUGUCCAACUACCUGCUCAAAGUGUGGAGCGCAACAUCUGGCCAGCUGCUGCACGUCCUGUCUGGCCACGACGACGAGCUGUUCGUGCUGGAGGCGCACCCCUUCGACCCGCGCAUCAUGCUGUCCGCCGGCCACGACGGGAACAUCAACAUCUGGGAUCUCACCCGAGGAGUCAAGAUACGCAACUUCUUCAACAUGAUCGAGGGCCAAGGCCACGGUGCUAUUUACGACUGCAAGUUCUCCGCCGACGGGCAGCAUUUCGCCUGCACCGACUCACACGGCCAUUUGCUCAUCUUUGGCUUUGGCUGCAGCCGAGCAUACGAGAAGAUUCCCGACCAGAUGUUCUUCCACACGGACUACCGGCCUCUCAUCCGGGACUCGAACAACUACGUCCUGGACGAGCAGACGCAGCAGGCCCCCCACCUCAUGCCCCCGCCCUUCCUGGUGGACGUGGACGGAAACCCGCACCCCCCCCGCUACCAGCGCCUGGUGCCGGGAAGGGAGAGCUGCAAGGAGGACCAGCUGGUGCCUCAGCUGGGAUACAUGGCCAACAGUGCCGGAGAGCUGGUUGAGCAGGUUCUCGGCCAGCAAACAGCGGAAAACGGCGAAAGUCUGCUGGACAAUCUCAUCCGGCAGCUGCAGAACGAGCAGGACGAGCGGCAGAACGCACAACGGCAGCCCGAAGAGGGAGACGCUGCUGAUGAAGCUGAGGCGGCGCCCUCCUCUCCGGCUUCGGAGUCCCGCAGAAGUGGGCCGGUGGAAGGGAUGUGGCAGAUGCAGCACAACUCCCUUCGUAGCCAAGUGGCCACAGCCAGGGACCUGCUGGCCUGGAGCCGGAGGGUGGUGGUCAACGAAGUGCCCCAGGGCACAUUCAGAGUUUUGGAGGAGUGCAGACAAGCCAAAAGCGACCUCGAAUGUUCUCUGUACAAUGCAGAGAGGAGGAAGAAGCCAGUGUCCUGCUCCCCCAAGACCGACCUCCUGUCCACACGCCUGCGCUCUCUGCGGCCGACCAAGAAGAAAAAGCAGCAGCACGCCUACCAGACGCGCUCGGCCCAGGUCCGCCGCCCCGGGACCCGGACCCGCAACCCCAGCACCCGCCGCCCCCCCGACAGCCAGGGGGACUCGGAGAGCGGAGACGCGGCGGAGCGGGCCGAGCACUCGGACGCCACCUCAGACGGCGAGGCCCGGUGGCAGAGCGAGAGCAGCUCCAGCGACUCGUCCAGCGAAUACUCGGACUGGACGGCGGACGCAGGGAUCAACCUGCAGCCGCCGAAACGCACGACCAGGAGGCAGCACGCCGGCUACAGCAGCUCGGAGGAGGAGGAGGAGGGGGGGAACCAGGCCAAAGAGGCGAAGAAGAAGGAAAACGAGAAGAGGAAGAAGCCCAAAGAGACCAAACAGAAACCCACAUCCUCUCUGGCUGGGCUGAAUGCAGAGGAGUGUCUGCCGCCAUCAUGGAUAAUGGAGACCAUCCCACACCGCUCUCCUUUUGUCCCACAAAUGGGAGACGAGCUCAUUUACUUCAAACAGGGCCACCAGGCCUACGUUCGGGCUGUUCGCAGGGCCAAAGCCUACACCGUCAACCCCCAGAAGCAGCCCUGGAACAGACUGAACCUCAGGGACCAGGAAUCUGUAAAGGUGAUCGGGAUAAAAUACGAAGUGGGACCUCCAACGCUCUGCUGCCUGAAACUGGCUUUCUUGGACCCAGUUUCCGGGAAGAUGACCAAUGAGUCUUUCUCCUUAAAGUACCACGACAUGCCCGACGUUAUAGAUUUCCUCGUUCUGCAGCAGUUUUACAAUGAGGCAAAGGAGCACAACUGGCAGCCGGGCAUGAGGUUCCGCAGCAUCAUCGACGACGCCUGGUGGUUCGGUUUGGUGGAGGAUCAGGAGCCCCUGCAGCCCGAGUACCCCGAUAGCCUUUUUCAGUGCUAUGCAGUGAAGUGGGAUAAUGGUGAGCGGGAGAAAAUGAGUCCAUGGGACAUGGAGCCUAUUCCGGAGGAAGCUGCCCUGCCGGAGCAGGUUGGCGACGGCGUGGAGGUGGCGGAGGAGGAGCUCAAAGCCCUGCUCUACAGGCCCCAGGAGGGGGAGUGGGGCGCUCACACCCGGGACGAGGACUGCGAGAGGGUCAUCCAGGGCAUCGACAUGCUGCUGACGCUGGAUGUUGCCAAGGCGUUCGCGUCCCCCGUGAACCUGCAGGACUACCCGCUGUACUGCACGGCGGUGGCCUACCCCACAGACCUCAGCACCAUCCGCCGGCGCCUGGAGAACCGCUUCUACAGGCGGAUCUCCGCCUUGAUGUGGGAAGUGCGUUACAUUGAACACAACGCGCGCACUUUCAACGAACCCCAGAGCCCGAUCGUAGCAGCGGCCAAAGUGGUGACUGACGUUCUCCUCCACUACAUCGGGGACCAGAGCUGUAUGGACAUCUUGGAUUUGUACCGCAAACUGAAGUCUGAGGUCAGCAGUGAAGGCGAGCAGAUUGACUUGGAUGUGGAUUCUGACACUCCGGGAACUUCUACAGGACAUCGGGGAGCCAACCCAAAUUCGAAGAAGCGGGGGGUGGUUUUGGACGUGAAAGCGUGGUGGACUCAGUGCCGCGAGCUGCUGCGCCGGAUGAUCGCUUCCCACGACUCCCAGCCUUUCCGGCAGCCCGUGGACCUCUUCGAAUAUCCGGACUACCGAGACAUCAUCGACACGCCCAUGGACCUGGCCACGGUGUCGGAGACCCUGCUGGCCGGGAACUACGAAAACCCCAUGGAGUUCGCCAAAGACGUCCGCCUCAUUUUCAUCAACUCCAGAGCUUACACACCUAACAAGAAGUCCCAGAUCUACACCAUGACCAUCAGCCUGUCGGCUUUCUUCGAGAAACAGAUCAUCUCCAUCAUCUCAGACCACAAGUCUGCCCUUCAGAACGAGCGGAGAUCCCGUCAGAGACUCAGUUACAGGAACAGAUUGCACAACGGGGGCAGCUCCCCCCCUAAUAGUCCAUCCUCCAGUCGUAAGGGCAAGCACAAAGUGACGGAGCCAAAAAAUUCCCGGACCUCAACCAAAAGGCGUUCUCUGAGGCCAUACCAGGCUAAGCACAGCAGCAGCGUAGCAGAGGAGGAGGACAGCAGGGCGUCUUCCCCGAGUUCAGGGACCAGCUCUGAGAGCAGAAACCGGCCUCCGAACCGGGCGACCCGCAGCAAAGCGCCCCCGGGGAAGAAGUCAGGGCGCCGCCUUCAUCUCACCAACGGCCCCCGGCAGGGGCAGGAACCCCUGCGCUCUUCCUCCUCCUCCUCUUCUUCCGAGGGGGAGGAGGAGGAAGAGGGGAGGGAGGGGGGGGUGGGGGGGGCCUCGGGCUCCGACGGCUCCUCCUCCUCCUCCUCCUCCUCGUCUUCGUCUUCCUCCUCCUCCUCCUCUUCCUCGUCCGGGAACAGCUCGGACUCGGAGGCGGAGAAGUUCGUGGAGGGCGGCGACCACGACUACAGCAAAGCCCCCCGGCGGCUGUCGGGGCCCCCCCCGGCCAGAGGGAAGGGGGGGGCCCCCGCCAAGAGGAGGCGCAAGGGGGGGGAGGAAGAGGAGGAGGAGGAGGAGGCGGGGGGGAGGGCCAAGAGGGCCCGAGUGCAGCCGCCGCCCGCAGAGGUGAAGGAGGAGGAAGAGGAGGAGGCUGAGGAGGAGGAGGAUGAGGAGGAGGAGGCUGAGGAGGAGGAAGAGGCGGAAGACGAGGAGGAAGAAGAGAAAGAGGAAGAGGAGGAGGAGGAGGAAGAGGAGGCGCAGCAGAAGGACGAUGUCGGACAGGCAGAGGAUGAAGGUGAGGACGAUGAAGAGGAUGAACAGGAGCCCGAGGAGGAGGAAGAACCCGAGGAGGAAGAAGAGGAGGAGGAUGAAAACUCGGACGAAGCUCGGAGAGCAGCCGCCGCCGCCGCCGCUUCGGCCGUCGCCAUGGCAACGCCGGUCGGCGGCCCGAGACGGAAGCGGCGGAAAUACGGGCGGGUCAACACGCGGAACCAGGGCCGCCGGACGGUGGUUUACCGGGACGAGUCGGAGGACGAUGGCCGCGGGUCCAAAGAGGACCCGCUGAACCUGGGCCGGUCCCGGUCCGGACGGGUCCGCCGCAUGACGGAAAAGGCCCGGGUCAGCCACCUCAUGGGCUGGAGCCACUGA